AUGCCCGCGGGCACAUGCGCCUUCAAGCAUCCCUUCCACUCGGGAUCGAGGCCUGACGAGAGGCAGGAAUCAAUGGGAAGCUCCGGUCCCAGGCAGCCUGCGUCCCUGAGAGACUGGGUCCAGGGAGGGGCCAAGGCCACGACGCAUGCCGCCCAGCCACCACGCCGCGGUUUCAGGGCCUCCGCCCCGCUCCUCAAGGACUACUACUCCGUGCUGGGGGUGGGGCGCACCGCCUCGGACUCGGAGAUCAAGAAGGCCUACUACCAGCUGGCCAAGAAGUUCCAUCCUGACACCAACAAGGACGAACCAGGCGCGGCGGCCAAGUUCCAGGAGGCUCAGCAGGCGUACGACACGCUGCGAGACCCCCAAAAGCGCACCGCCUACGACCAGUACGGCCACGAUGCGUAUCGCAACAUGGAGUCCGGGGGAGGGCCCGGGCCGGGCGGCUUCGGCGGGCCCUUUGGGGGUGGGGUGGAGGUGGACCCCGAGGACCUCUUUGGCGCCUUUUUCAGGGGUGGCCAGGGUUUCCAGUCCUUCCACUUUGGCCACGGCUUUGGCAAUGCGGGCGGGCGGACUCGCCGCCCGCAGCGCGGCGCGGACCUGCAGACCCGCCUGCGCAUCAGCUUUGCGGACGCGAUGAAGGGCAUCACCCACCGGAUGGACCUGUCCGGCACGGGCGCAGGCGGCCCCUCCCAGGUGGAGGUGGCGCCCUCCCGCGUUUUCACCCGCGACGGCUAUGACCUGUACGUGGAGGCACCGGUGGACAUGGUGGACGCCACGCUGGGGACCACUAUCGAGGUGCCAACCAUCGACGGGCGGGCGGAGGUGACGGUGCGGCCGGGGACGCAGGCGGACGACAAGCUGCGGAUGCGCGGGUAUGGCGUGCCACAGGACGCUGCCGGCCUGCCUGGAAAGCGCGGCGACCAGUAUGUGGUGGUUCGGCUGCGCGUGCCGAGGACCCUCACCCCCUUUCAGCGGCAGUGUCUGGAGGACUACCGCCGCGGCGAGCGGCAGGCGGCGCCGCAGCAGCCCUCUGGAGCGGCGGCGGGAGCCAAGGGCGGGGCUGACACGGCGUCAGGGAAGGCGUCAGAGGGGAAGUCGUCCGGGACGUCGGCCAGGGCGGACGAGCCGGCUGACAAGAAGAAUGCGGACAAGGGAUCUGGAAAGGCCGGGAGUGACAAGCCCAAGAGCGUGUUCGACUGGUUCAAGGGGUCCUGA